AACUCCAACCUCGUGCUCCAAGCCGACCGCUCUCUGAUCGACCGCACGCGGCGCGAUGAGCCCACGGGSGAGGUGCUGUCCCUGGUGGGCAAACUGGAGGGGACCCGCAUGGGGGACAAGGCACAGAGGACAAAACCCCAAAUGCAGGAGGAGAGGAGGGCCAAGAGGAGGAAGCGUGAUGAGGACAGGCACGACAUCAAUAAAAUGAAGGGGUACACGCUGCUGUCCGAGGGCAUCGACGAGAUGGUCGGCAUCAUCUACAAACCCAAAACCAAGGAGACCCGCGAGACCUACGAGGUGCUGCUCAGCUUCAUCCAGGCGGCCCUGGGCGACCAGCCGCGGGACAUCCUGUGCGGGGCGGCUGACGAGGUUCUGGCGGUGCUCAAGAACGAGAACUUCAGUCCUUCCUGGGACAAGGAGAUCCAGAAUAUGGAUAUGGGGUCACACGAUGAUAACAUUGACGAGACCUACGGGGUGAACGUACAGUUUGAGUCCGAUGAGGAGCUGGUGGCCUCGGGGGAGCUGAUGAGCUCCAAGAAGAAGGAGCUGCACCCUCGGGACAUCGACGCYUUCUGGCUGCAGCGCCAGCUCAGCCGCUUCUACGACGACGCCAUCGUGUCCCAGAAGAAGGCGGACGAGGUGCUGGAGAUCCUCAAGACGGCCGGAGAUGACCGUGAGUGUGAGAACCAGCUGGUGCUGCUGCUGGGCUUCAACACCUUCGACUUCAUCAAGGUCCUGCGGCAGCACCGCAUGAUGAUACAUUUAGAGGAGCGAUCGCGGCGGGAGCGCGUGCGGCAAUCCCGCAUGGACACCGACCUGGAGACCAUGGACCUGGACCAGGGCGGAGAGGCGCUGGCCCCGCGGCAGGUGCUGGAUUUGGAGGAUCUGGUGUUUGCCCAGGGCAGUCAUUUCAUGGCCAACAAGCGGUGCCAGCUGCCCGACGGUUCCUUCCGGCGCCAGCGCAAGGGCUACGAGGAGGUGCACGUGCCCGCCCUGAAACCCAAACCCUUCGGGGCCGACGAGGUGAGUGAGCUGGGGAACCCCAAAAAAGGGACCUGGGAGAUCCUUCCAGACCCUAAAGGGGCACCACGAGGGCUGGGAGGGAUGACACGGGAAUGGGGGGAUUGGGGGGGGAUCCGUGGGGACGAGCGCUCGGUGCCGCAGGGCGCGGGGAAGACGAACGUGGCGCUGAUGUGCAUGCUGAGAGAGAUCGGCAAACACAUCAACGUGGACGGCACCAUCAACGUGGACGACCAAAAUCAUCUACAUCGCCCCCAUGAGAUCCCUGGUGCAGGAGAUGGUGGGCAGCUUCAGCAAGGUCACUUUCGGCCCGUGCCCCUGGAGCAGACCUACGUGGGYAUCACGGAGAAGAAAGCCAUCAAACGCUUCCAGAUCAUGAACGAGAUCGUCUAUGAGAAGAUCAUGGAGCACGCSGGCAAGAACCAG